AUGAGACUCCUCGACUUACCCAACGAAAUACUCUAUCUCGUGGCAGACAAUUUGUCCUACUUUGACGACCUUUCACGAUUCACACUCACGAGCCGAUCCGUUCACGCCCUCCUUACGGAUUACCUCUAUCGAAGAGCAGCCCGCGACAUCCAGCCUGGCUAUUUUCCCUCGCCGGCUCUCAUCUACAGUAUUCGUUGGGGCCUGGAAAGCUCCGUCGUGCGCUUACUGAAGUGGACCCCAAGGGUGCCCGCCAACCAGUGCAGGGCAUGGUCGCUUGGCAAAGCAGUCCUCAAAAAUAAGGAUCCGGGAAUCAUUAGGCUAGUACCUGAACAUUGGGGAGUAUCAGGCAUGGAACAUCGAUUGAAGGGCUUGCUUCUUGACACCUUUAUCAAAGGAGGAACUAUCGAGAUGGUUCGGUUACUACUCGAAUUCGGGUGUGACGCCAACGAGCCAGAUUACUUGGGGGAAUAUCCUUUGGCAACGGCCAUAGAUAACAAUCUUCCAGAGAUUGUCAUGCUAUUGCUCGACUAUGGUGCAGAUAUCAAUUGUGGGGAUUUGGUUAUCGCCGCUCUCGACCAAGCAAUCACGCAACCGCCGCACAUGAUUGAGUUACUUGUUCGGCGCGGUGCAGAUAUCAAUUUUGCGAGCCCAGAAGGCAAUACGACUCUCCACUGCAUCGCCUCGCAACCGGUCCCCCCUUCGUGGACAUCUCGUCUGGUUGGGGUUCUGGCUGAUAACGGGGCCAACCUGCAAGCUCGGAAUAAAGAAGGGAAAACUGCGCUCGAGAUUGCUGUGGAACGAGGAAACAGUUUGUGCCAAGCAAGCCUUCUGGAUGCAAUGCCGAAGUCCCAGACAAGCAGGGGCCCAUGA